AUGAGUCAAGGAUUGCUUCACCGGUGCAUAUGGGUUCUGUGGAGUGUGUUGUAUCUUUUGUGGGAGGUUUUUGCUGGCAUAUUUGGUAUUCCGCUGGGCUCGCCGACGCACUUGGUGCUGACAAAGCGGGCGAGGGCGGCCCGCACGUACGAGGAGUGGAUAAUCAUUGCUCGCCAACUAGAUAACUUGAACGGGUUUCAAGCCUGGCGACUGCGAGAGGAGCCAGGGUACAUGAACUUUCAUGGACUUUUUGCCCGUAUUGGGCUCUUGACGGCGCUGAAGAGGGAGGGAGACGUGGAGGCGUUGUUGACGGUGCUCACGAGUCUGCAGCGCUCCGUGUUUGGCAUAACGAACCCCAACCUCUACAGGUACCUCUCGGGUACCAAGGCCGUCAUUGAGGCUUACAACUCUUUGCUUGUGUACUUGAUUCAAAAGCUUGCCCAUGACACCACGGUAGAUUCUAGGAAAAAGUACUCCACCUUGGUGCAGGCGGCCCGCGUGUAUGGUCGUACCACACUUGUUUUUCACGGGGACAUGCUAAUGGGGCGAUUUCAUCUUGGGGCUGCAAAGACACUUUGGAAGGCCAAUUUGCUGCCACAGCUUUUUUGUGGCGGAGGAACUGGUGCUCUUGUCGCAGCGUUUUUGUGUUGCAAGCGAAAUUUGACGGAGCUUUUUGAGAUGGAGGAUGCUGAGUUUGAUGUAUUCAGUAAUAAAGUUUUUGGACUCUUUGACUGGAGCUGGCAACGCUUUUGGGACGUGGGCCAUUUUCUCAACAUUCACGUGCUUGUGGAGUUUGUGCAGGAGCACGUGGGAGACUUGACCUUUCUUGAGGCCUAUCGACUUACUGGACGUGUGCUGAACAUUGAAUACACCCCCGAAACUUUAGGCAGUAUCUACACCACCUCUCCGCCGCUGCGUCUGCUAAAUUAUCUCACGGCUCCCAGUGUGCUUGUGUACAGUGCGGUGGCCGCCUCUUUUGCCUCCAUGCCCAUUCUCUUUGAACGAUACCCGUUGCUGGCAAAAGACUUGAAUGGUUCUGUAGUGCCGUAUGAUCCACCGGUCAUGGGAUGCGUCGGCAGGCGCUCGGAUGGGAAGAUCGACAGCUUUGAACGUUUGCGGGAGUUGUUUCACAUCAAGUGUUUUAUUGUCUCGGAAUGUUCAGUCUCGCAAUUACUCUUCUUGCAACUGGCCGGCCGUACUUCUCUACCAGCUCGUCUCUGUCACGCCGUUUUGCAAGAGUGGUGGCGUCUUGCGUCAUUUGUUGUUUACUUUACACCGUGGCAGAAAUACGUCUGGGACUUCCUUUCCGAAGGUGAGAUGGGUGUGGGCGACGUGAUAAAGGUCUUUCCUACCGCCUCUCUCUCGGACGUUGUCGCGUUUUUUCAGGCGCAGCCUCCAUUCAUACAGGUGUUUCGGGAGGACAUACUGCGCGGGGAGAUGCAGUUCUGGCCGGUUCUCGAACGGAUACGAGAACAACUUGCGGCUGAGUUGGUUUUGAAUGAUGUCUUAAAUGAGUUGCGUCAUGGUGAUGAGGCAUUGUUCGUGGAAGAUGAGGGCCCGUACACGGGCUGA